AUGUCGAGGAUCUUGGAUCAGAGAAUUUUUCUGUUAGUAAUGUCAUUUUUAACAAGUCUGCAGAGUACAAAGGUUCUUUCAGAAUGGAAGAAGUGUGGUGAUCGGGAAUGUGAGACUGCAAUGAGCAGAGUUCAAGCCACCACAGACUACUUAGCGCCUGACUGCCGGUAUCUUAACUUCAAAACAGGGGAAGAGAUAAUGGUAUACUCCAAACUUUCAAGGAAAAAUGAAAACUUGUGGACAGGAAGUAAAGGAAAGGAUUUUGGAUAUUUCCCAAAAGAUGCUGUCAAGGUUGAGGAAGUUUUUAUUACAGAAGAAGUUGAAGUGCUUACUAAGGAAACUGAUUUCCUUUGUCUUCAUGGAGAUAAGUAUGCUUUUGAAAAUGAUGAUAGUGCAUUACAUGAUCACAACAAAGAAAGUGAAUAUUCAUCAUCUGAUGCAGAAUCAAAGCUACAUGGAAAUGAACUCUUAAAACAUACCAGAGACUCCACGCAAAAGGAAGAAAGAGUUGCAUCAGCUUCUGAAAAUGACUACCAGGAAUCUCAGACUCUGGAGGAGUCUGCGAGCAAAAAUUUGGCUAAAGAAAAUGAGAACAGAAAAGAUGACACUGAAGAGCCACAAAUUCAAGACAGUUUCCCACUAGAAUCCAUUCCAACUCAGUCUAGUUGGAUUACAGGAUGGUUCAGCACUGGAGAUGAAAAUGAUGAAGAGCCCUUAAAAGCUCUUACUGAACCUUUAGAAGAAAAUACAUACCGAGGCAGAAAAAUAAUGGUAACUGCUGAAAAGGACUUACAGGAGUCAGAUGAUAAGGAGGAAGAAGAACCCGCAGCAUCUGUUUGGUUUCAAGGUGGACUGACAGACUUCCUGUAUUUUGGUGAAGAAAAUGUGGAUGUUGGUUUGGCAUCAGAAGAAAAUGAUUCACAAAUCCAUGAUGUUUCUGGGAUGCCUGGACAUUCCGAUAAUGAACAGGAAACAGCAGUCACAGAAUUACUGACAGAAGAAGAAGGGAGUGAGAGCCAAGAAUCUGAAUCAAGUUGGUUUAACUUGGGCUUAAGUGAUGUUCUUAAUUUUGGCCAUUCUGAGAAAGAUACAAUGGAAGAUCAGCAAAGCAGAGAAACCGGGAAUGAAGCAAAUAAGGAUCAAGUGCAGAUUUUAGACCAGAAAGAAUCACACAUGGACAAAGAAUCAAAGGAGACAGUUAAAGCAGUGACAGAUGAAGAGAAUUACACACAAGAAAUAACAGAUUCAAACAGUAACAUGCCAAAUCCUGGGAAGACACCAGCAAGUGCGCAUAGUCUAAGUGACAUCAAAAGCACCUCAAGUGGCACAGAAUCAUAUUUUGAUAUACUAUUGGGUGACAAAAAGAAGCCAAUUGAACCCUGCAGUUCAGAACAAGACUUGGUAUCAGAAAGCCAGCCACUGAAAAACACUGAAGAUACAGAGAGAAAUCAGGAGUCAGACAGCAAACAUGGCCAGUCAGGGGUAGGCAGUAAAAGAAAGCUACUAGAAGAAGCACCAGAGAAGGAACAUGAAAUGACUGCAGCUGUAGAAAGUGACCCCAACAGUGACCAACAUUUAAAAGCAACAGCAAUUCCUUCAGCAAAUUCUGAAGAUAAAAUGGACAGUUCCAUAGGUGACUCUCCAUCUGACGCCAAUAAGCCUUUCUCAGAUGCCAUCCAGAACUAUGUUCCAAGUAAUGGUAAGCGUUAA